ACUCUGGACACGAUCCUCGCUGGCAAAGAAGAACAGCAGCAGCCAAGAAAUCGGCUUUCGCACACCAACGAAUCUCAACGAAACUUAACCAGAGGAGGAAGCAGCUCGCGCGCGGCUGCCUCCUCCCUUAGCUCCGGCAUCACGCUUCUCAAUCGUAGAACCGCCAACAAGCGAUCGUCCAGGAGAUGCAACGCGACCGCCCGUAGGAACGCGAUGACGAUGGAUCUCCAGAGACUGAUCACAGAGGUGCACGCUAGACCCGCGAUCUGGGACCAGAAGAACGUCAACUAUCACAAUCGCGACGUCAUCCUGAAGAUGUGGCGAGAGAUCGCGAGGGCUUGCGAGGUCUCCACGGACAUCGCGAAAUCGAAAUGGAAGCACUUACGGGACAAUUUUCGCAACGAAUUGAAGAAAACUUAUCGAGGAAAAUGCGACGGUGGCGCCAACGAGCACGACUCCAAGUGGGUUUGGUUCAAAAGCCUGUUCUUCCUGCGAGAUCAAAUGAACUCCAGGGUGAUCGGUUGUACCAUUCCUCAGAAUUGUUCGGCGGCUCUUCGCUCGUCGCCCGUAGGGACACAGAUUGAACCGCAGAUCGACAUUCUGGAAGGUCACGAGGAAACUCAAUUCGACGAUCUGGACGGCGAUUCUUGUCAGUCUUUGCUUUCGAACGACGAUGCUUUGCAUCAAGUUAUGCCUCCGCCGAAAUUGAGCAAAAUCGGUAGGAAGAGAACGCUGUUGGACGCGAUGGACAACGAUUACUCCGACGUCGAUCGGAAAAGAUUCGAGUCGUUGCAGAAGAGGUUAAGCGCGUCUCAAGAGGAAGAAGACGAUACUUAUCACUUUCUGAUGAGCGUUCGGAAUCCCCUCAAGAGUUUACCGCUCGAUAGACAAAUGUUCGUUAGGUUAAAAAUUCAGGAGCUCGUUUACAACGAAAUCAAUUGUCAGAACCAACAGAAUCGAACGUACGAAAGCUCGCAGGACGUUAAACCUCCGAGAACGGCGAACGCUGGUGGAGUCAUGGGAACCGGUGUCGGUUCCGGCACCAACGAAUCUCUCAACGGCGCCGCUAGAGGUGGUGCUGGAGGUGGUGACGCUGGUGACGAUGGUGGGGGCGGAGGUGAAAGCGCAACAGGGGUAGAACAGGGUGCCGGCAACGCGUCAAACCCUACAUCGUUACUUCAGAAUUGCACGACCGAGGGCUCCAACGACGUUGCCUUCUUCGGUUAAUUUAAUUUACCUCCUUUUUAAGAUGUAAGAAUUGUAAUUUUAUGAAUAGAAAAUAAACAAUCGUAUUUUUUC